UUUCGCUUUACAUUGUAAUUCGCCAUGGCUUUUAUGAGAAGACUUAAUUGUUCAUUGCUGUAUCUGCUUACUUCAACGGCAUAUCUGGCAACCACCAACAAGGGCCAUUGCGGAGGCGGGACAUGGGGCGAGAUGUGUAAGGAACAAUGCCCACCUGGAUGCGCUACAUUUAGAGACGUUGUUCAUUGUGAUAAGCUGAAUGGAGAAUGCUUUGAGGGUUGCAUCAGUGGAUUGUACGGAGACACAUGUGCAGUGAGUUGUAGCACAGGGUGUUUGGAUGGGAAUUGUGAUCAGUUUGACGGCAAAUGUGUUCAGUGCAAAGAGGGAUGUUUUGGACCCGACUGUGGAAAUUGUUCAUCACAGAAAACUCCGUCAACAGCAGUUCAAAUAGCUCCAACAGCUCCCUUUCCUCCAAGACAUGCCUGUUCAAAUGGAACAUGGGGUGACAAGUGUGACAAACCAUGCCCCACUCACUGUAUACAAUACAUGGGCCGAAGUUGUAAUGAAACAACAGGUGUCUGUUUGACUGGUUGUCUCCGAGGUUUCUAUGGCGAGCGCUGUGACAAACUAUGCAGUAGAAGUUGUGAGGACUCGGUUUGUCAAAGCGCGAGCGGGCAGUGUGUCAGCUGCGAAAAAGGGCAGCGUCUAUGCGGCGAUGUUCCUACAUCAAAUGCUCCCUUUCCUCCAAGACAUGCCUGUUCAAAUGGAACAUGGGGUGACAAGUGUGACAAACCAUGCCCCACUCACUGUAUACAAUACAUGGGCCGAAGUUGUAAUGAAACAACAGGUGUCUGUUUGACUGGUUGUCUCCGAGGUUUCUAUGGCGAGCGCUGUGACAAACUAUGCAGUAGAAGUUGUGAGGACUCGGUUUGUCAAAGCGCGAGCGGGCAGUGUGUCAGCUGCGAAAAAGGGCAGCGUCUAUGCGGCGAUGUUCCUACAUCAAAUGAGGCUGUGCCAAUAUCACUGGAUAGAACUUUGGGUUAUGCAUUUUCAGGCUUACUGUUUGUUUUGGUUACAAUAAUACUGAUCUUUCAAUGUCGACAUCAUCACCAAUCCAGAUACAGGUACGUCAUUAUUUAGGGUGCGUUUUACCUACAAUGUCAAUACAAAAUCAGGGUUACCCCGCGUGCAUGACAUUCCAGUGCAGGUUUGGAGUGUAUGACACCUGUUUAUAAUUGAGAUGACAAAACUUUAUGGAUGAAUAACUUCUAUAUUUUCGCAAUAGCGACGUAUUGGUAUAGAUUCUUAUACCGUUUUCAAGCAUAUGACGG